AUGACAAUGCUCGACUCUGCAUUCGAUAGAGAGCGAGCCGAAAUCGUAACUCGCUUGUUGAAGGUUACUGAUCAACUGGCUGCGACUCGUGAACUUUUGAAAGAUUUUGAAGAAGUCUGGGUCCACCCGAUCACGACUAAAAAAAGAGUCAGAGGACAAACGAGAGCUCAGCUUUGGGUUAUGACAAAAAUCAUGGAACGAGAAAUUCAAUUCAAUCAAAUGAUAUGGGAAUUAACAGCGGCACAAGCUCAUGAAACGGAGGCGAUUCUAAGAGAGACACUCCAUGAUGAGUUGAAAAAGUUCCAAUUGUGA